GGCCCUCCUACUUGCCUCUUCCCGAGAUCCCUCUGAGAGUGCCACCUGGGGAGGCAACCCAGGCACCUCAGAGCCCCUGACCGUGGCCUGGGCUGAUGCCUCAAAGGCAGGGCCCCCUCACCGUCGGUGGGAUUGGCAAACUCCUUGGGCACAGCUGCCCCAUCGUCUAGUUCGACCGCCUGUAGGCCCGUGCGGACCCCUUCGAUCUGGACCUCAUGCUCUCCCGAAGCCGUGUCGUCCUCUGACCUUGCACUCUCGCCCGUGCGACGAAAUUUCACCACCCUGGAGGACAGAGCAAAGCUGGUCAUGAAGGCUGGAACUCCCCCUCAACAGCCUUGCUGCACAGCUCGUGUGCCCAAGACAGGGACGAAGGAAAGGUCCGCGGGUCACCCUCGACGCUGAGGAUAGCAUCCGAGAAGGACAUGGCUAUGUGGCCCGGAAAUCUUCCUGAACUACGGCUUUGAUCGCAUCCUCUCCUCAAGGGCCGCCUGGGGGUCCUCCCUUCGGUCUGUGACUGAUAGCAACCUCUGCAACCUUUCUGGAAGGCAACCUGUGAUAGCUUUCAACAGGUAUAAAGUCAUGAAGAACUGGGGUGUUAUAGGUGGACUCGCCGCUGCUCUUGCAGCAGGAAUAUAUGUUAUUUGGGGUCCCAUCACAGAAAGAAAGAAGCGUAGAAAAGGGCUCGUGCCUGGCCUCGUCAACUUGGGGAACACCUGCUUCCUGAACUCCCUGCUGCAAGGCUUGUCUGCCUGCCCCGCCUUCAUCCGGUGGCUGGAGGAGUUCACCACGCAGUACACCGGGGAUCACAAGGAGCCCCCCCCACACCAGUAUUUAUCCUUGACACUGUUGCACCUCCUGAAAGCUCUAUCCUGCCAAGAAGUUACUGAUGAUGAGGUCUUGGAUGCAAGCUGCCUGUUGGACGUCUUAAGGAUGUACAGAUGGCAGAUCUCUUCCUUUGAAGAGCAGGAUGCUCACGAGCUAUUCCACGUCAUCACCUCGUCCUUGGAAGAUGAGCGCGACCGCCAGCCCCGGGUCACACAUUUGUUUGAUGUGCAUUCCCUGGAGCAGCAGCCGGAAGUCACUCCCACACAAAUAACCUGCCGCACAAGAGGGGCACCUCAUCCCACGUCCAAUCACUGGAAAUCUCAGCAUCCCUUUCAUGGGAGACUUACUAGUAACAUGGUCUGCAAACACUGUGAACACCAGAGUCCCGUUCGAUUCGAUACCUUUGAUAGCCUUUCACUAAGUAUUCCAGCUGCCACCUGGGGUCAUCCCCUGACCCUGGACCACUGCCUUCACCACUUCAUCUCAUCAGAAUCAGUGCGGGACGUUGUAUGUGACAACUGCACAAAGAUUGAAGCCAAAGGGACGCUGAAUGGGGAGAAGGUGGAACACCAGAGGACCACUUUCGUUAAGCAGUUAAAACUAGGGAAGCUCCCCCAGUGUCUGUGCAUCCACCUGCAGCGGCUGAGCUGGUCCAGCCAGGGCACGCCCCUGAAGCGGCACGAGCAUGUGCAGUUCAACGAGUUCCUGAUGAUGGACAUCUACAAGUACCACCUCCUUGGACACAAACCGGGCCAACACAGUCCUGAACGGAAGGAGAAGGCAGGGCCCGCGCUGGACCUGCAGGACGGGCCGGCGGCCCCCAGAUCAGUUCUGAAUCAGCCAGGGGGCCCCAAAACCCACAUUUUUAUGAAUGGUGCCUGUUCCCCGUCUUUGUUGCCCACCCUGCCAGCCCCAGUGCCCUUCCCCCUCCCGGUGGUUCCGGACUACAGCUCCUCCACGUACCUCUUCCGGCUGAUGGCAGUUGUUGUCCACCAUGGAGACAUGCACUCCGGACACUUCGUGACUUACCGACGAUCCCCACCUUCGGCCAAGAACCCUCUCUCAACCAGCAACCAGUGGCUGUGGAUUUCCGACGACACUGUCCGCAAGGCCAGCCUGCAGGAGGUCCUGUCCUCCAGCGCCUACCUGCUGUUCUACGAGCGCGUUCUUUCCAAGAUGCACCAGAGUCGGGAGUACAAGUCCGAAGAGUGACUGUGCCCGGCCCCAGAGCUAGACCUGAUGGCACUGUCCACACCGACAGGAAAAAGACGAAGCCAGGCCGCGCGUGUGUGCAGGCAGCCCCACGAGAGUCCUCCCGCCUCCUGGUGUGGUCUAAGAGCAGGUUCCCCGGGGAGCAGGUGGCCCCAGUGCAAACCAGACCGCCCUGAGCCGCUCUAGUGCGCACCGGAAGCUGUCCUCGUCGUGUCAGCAGAGCACUCGUAUGUCUAGAGCAUCUGUGUGCUCACCUGAUACCGGGGAUUAAAAGAAAUCAGACUCUGGGA